GCCAGGCAGUGCGCAAGCUCGCGUUCAGAGAGGCGGCCGAAGCCGCGGCCGCCAAGGUGGGAGGAGCGGGCGCGCCGAAAGGAGACGGCCGCGCGGCGGCCGAGCCGCUGGUGGCCGCAAAGGGCGAAGGAAGCGCCGAACCGGGCAACGCGCCAGUGAAGGGCGACGGCGCUGCGGCCGGA